AUGUGCAAGCUGUGGCAAGAGAAGCAAGAAGAGCAGCAGGCGGGGGCGUGGCAGGAGCGGCAGCGGCGGGAGCAGCAGCGGGCGCGUCAGGAGCAGCGGGAGCAGCAGCGGGCGCGUCAGGAGCGGCGGGAGCAGCAGCGGGCGCGUCAGGAGCAGCGGGAGCAGCAGCGGGCGCGGCAGGAGCGGCGGGAGCAGCAGGGGGAGCGGCGGGAGCAGCAGCGGGCGCGGCAGGAGCGGCGGGAGCAGCAGGGGGAGCGGCGGGAGCAGCAGCGGAAGAGUGAAGCUGCUGCAGGCGGGGACACUGGAGCUGCAGUGGGCGUGGCAGGAGCAGCGGGCGUGGCAGGAGCGACAGGAGCAGCAGCAAGCGCAGCAGGAGCGGCAGCGGGCGCGGCAGGAGCGGCGGGAGCAGCAGCGCGAGCAGUAGCGAACGCAGCACGAGCACGAACAAGACGGGGAAUCCUAAAAGCAGUAGCAGGCAGGGGCCUGGCGGGAGCAGCAGUGGGCGCGGCAGGAGCGGCGGGAGCAGCAGCGGGCACGGCAGGAGCGGUGGGAGCAGCAGUGGGCGCGGCAGGAGCGGCGGGAGCAGCAGUGGGCGCGGCAGGAGCACGAACGAGACGAGGAAUCCUAAAAGAAGUAGCAGGCAGGGGCGUGAAAGGAGCAGCGGCGGGAGCAGCAGCGGGCACGGCAGGAGCGGCGGGAGCAGCAGUGGGCGCGGCAGGAGGCACUGGAGCAGCGGGCGGGAACGUCGGAGCUGCAGUGUCUGUUGGUGACUUGGACUUAGAUGAGAGGUCCUGUGCUGGAGGUCUGGGUGUCUGGAGGUCUGGAGGUCUGGGUGUCUGGGUGUCUGGGUGUCUGGGUGUCUGGGUGUCUGGGUGUCUGGGUGUCUGGGUGUCUGGGUGUCUGGGUGUCUGGGGUCUGUCUGGAGAUCUGGGUGUCUGGAAGUCUGGGUGUCUGGGUGUCUGGGCGUCUGGGCGUCUGGGUGUCCGGGUGUCUGGAGGUCUGGGUGUCUGGGUGUCUGGAGAUCUGGGUGUCUGGGUGUCCGGGUGUCUGGAGGUCUGGGUGUCUGGGUGUCUGGAGAUCUGGGUGUCUGGAGGUCUGGGUGUCUGGGUGUCUGGGUGUCUGGAGGUCUGGAGGUCUGGGUGUCUGGGUGUCUGGGUGUCUGGGUGUCUGGGUGUCCGGGUGUCUGGAGGUCUGGGUGUCUGGGUGUCUGGAGGUCUGGGUGUCUGGAGAUCUGGGUGUCUGGGUGUCUGGAGGUCUGGGUGUCUGGGUGUCUGGAGGUCUGGGUGUCUGGGUGUCUGGGGUCUGGGUGUCUGGGUGUCUGGAGGUCUGGGUGUCUGGGUGUCUGGAGAUCUGGGUGUCUGGGUGUCUGGGUGUCUGGAGGUCUGGGUGUCUGGGUGUCUGGAGGUCUGGGUGUCUGGAGGUCUGGGUGUCUGGGGUGUCUGGGUGUCUGGGUGUCUGGAGGUCUGGGUGUCUGGAGGUCUGGGUGUCUGGGUGUCUGGAGGUCUGGGUGUCUGGGUGUCUGGAGGUCUGGGUGUCUGGGUGUCUGGGUGUCUGGAGAUCUGGGUGUCUGGGUGUCUGGAGGUCUGGGUGUCUGGAGAUCUGGGUGUCUGGGUGUCUGGGUGUCUGGAGGUCUGGGUGUCUGGGUGUCUGGGUGUCCGGGUGUCCGGGUGUCCGGGUGUCCGGGGACCUGAAGGCCCGGGGGCCUGGAGCAGUCGUGGCCCUUGGCUCACACAGACCUGUGGGAACAAACAUUUGUGUCAGACACCAGAACUAACAGGACGCACAUACAAGAGUACAGCAAACCUAGAAAACAGACCACGAUAUCGUCAGUGGAGGCCAUGUCGACAUCGUUCGGGUAGAAGAGUGAAGCUGCUGCAGGCGGGGACACUGGAGCUGCAGUGGGCGUGGCAGGAGCAGCGGGCGUGGCAGGAGCGACAGGAGCAGCAGCAGCAGCGCAGCAGGAGCGGCGGGAGCAGCAGCGGGCGCGGCAGGAGCGGCGGGAGCAGCAGCGCGAGCAGUAGCGAACGCAGCACGAGCACGAACAAGACGGGGAAUCCUAAAAGCAGUAGCAGGCAGGGGCCUGGCGGGAGCAGCAGUGGGCGCGGCAGGAGCGGCGGGAGCAGCAGCGGGCACGGCAGGAGCGUGGGAGCAGCAGUGGGGCGCGGCAGGAGCGGCGGGGCAGCAGCAGUGGGCGCGGCAGGAGCACGAACGAGACGAGGAAUCCUAAAAGAAGGCAGGCAGGGCCGGCGGGAGCAGCAGUGGAGCGGCGGGAGCAGCAGCGGCAGGAGCAGCAGGGCGCGGAGAGGAAGAAGAAGUGAGGAGGAGGAAGAAGAAGAGAGGACGAAGAGAGAAACAAGAGAGGAAGGAGAGGAAGAGGAAAGGGAGAGGAGAGGAGAGGAAGGAGAUGAGGAGGGGAGAAGCAAGAAAGGAAGAAGAUGGGAGGAGGAGAGGAAGGAGAAAGGAGGGAAGGAGGAG